AUGUCGGCAUUAGAGUUAUGUUUAGAAAAGAAAGACUAUGUAGUUUCUCGCGCGAGACUGAGAUUAUCCAACGAUUAUUCCGUUAGUUCUGAGGGGAAGGUCUGCUGUAAAUGCGAUGUUCCAAAUAUGGCAACCCACUUCAGCGGCUCACUUGCAGUCCAGAAUGUACUUUUCUCAAUAAUUUACGGGUUGAUUCAGUCCCAAAUUAUAUAUUUUGGAAGCUAUUCAAAUGGGCUAUUCAUCGAUGUAAAUCCUGACACCCCUUUAGACAGUGGUGGGCUAUCCAUUGGUGUAAAAAAUUCAUAUAAAACCGGACGGUCUACCUUAUAUGCCUGGGCUCGCUGGCCGAGUGGUAGGGUUGUGCUGUAUUACUAUAGACUGUAUUGGUGCUUCAAUAUAAUAGGGUUGUCUGUUCGAACCCCUGAAGAAUAUCUGCAUUUCUUUUGGGCUAUUGCCCUGUGGUCACGUUGCAAUGCAUUUAAACUCAAUGGUCCCGUUGCAACGCAGGGUGGCUGUUGCAACAUCAAGUAAUCAACGCAAGACUUGCAUUGCC